AUGGAUUUUCAAAACGUGAAUCCUCUAAAUGUUCGGCUGAACAUAGUGUCAGGAAAUUUAUUUCCAAUGACUGCCGACGAUUCCUCGUUUCCGAUAUUUUGGAAAAUAUACAGCAUUCUGGUAUGGUUACUCGAAAUAAUCCAAACAUGCGUAUUAGUGCCUGGGUGUAUUUUUGUGCCGAAAGAGAAGGCACUGAAAGACGGUCUAAUCGGUCUAGUGAUUACCAUGGAAGUGAUCUCUACAGUCAUACGAAUUCACACAUGCAGAGGAUUAGUGCAACAAUUAAUUCAGAACUUAAAUGAUAUUCUGCGCAUGGAUGACGAGUUGAUGAGAAGUAUAGUUACAACGACUAUAAAGACUAUGGAAAUGCCUUUUAAAUUUUAUUGGUCGGCCGGUGUAAUGUCCAUAUUAUUGUGGAGUGGUACACCGUUAAUAUUGAUUCUUCAAAGAAAUUCUUUUUUCUAUGUAGAUUACAGGAUGCCAGUUAUCUAUAGUAAAGAGCCAUUCUCGACCGGUAUCUUUGUGUUGGGAAGUGUCAUUGUGAUGACCAGCAGUGCGUAUAUUUUUACAAAGAAAGUCAGCGUGGAUAGUUACAUGAUAAAUAUGAUAUUGCUGACAACGGCACAAUAUAAAUACAUUGCAUUAAAACUAUCGAUGAUAUUUCAAAAUAAGUCGCUUCCGAGUGAUCAGGACAAUGCUGAUACAAAAAAAUAUCAUCUUAAGAGGGAUUAUUAUAUUGAAAAGAAGAUAAAAGCUUUAUGUCGACAUCAUAACAUGAUUAUUCAGUAA